UGCAGAGUAUAGAACUGGUCAUUAGUUCAUGUGAUAAAUAUUUCUACACUACUGAUACAUGUACACAUCUACAUGUACAUCUACAGUAUUAUAUAUCUUCAACUCAAAGAAUUCCAGAAGCUGAAGUUAUUUAUCAUAAUCAUGGGAAUUACUGGAAACAAGCAAAGCUGUCACAGCAGAACAAAAGCAAUUCUUCUAAGGUUUCUUAUGGACCUUUUUACCGAUGUCACGCAAUUCCAAAUUUUUUUACUCAAAGGAAAAAUAUGCCUCACUGCUUGAUUUAUCAUGCCAAAUGUAGUAAAUAUGCAAACGUUCAUAAAAAUCUGUUGCAAACUCAUGAAAAUAUGGGACCCCAAACUUGCCAAUGUUUAAAAAGAAAUGCAUGCCAGGAGGUGGCUAUUAGUUAUACGAAAAAUACAAAAAAUUGUAGUUGAUAUUGUGUGGCAUUUGUAAAAAGGGCCAUUAUUUAUUUACUAGUGCACUGCCCAAAAUGUUUAGGAAUAUGCCUUCCAUGUGGCUUUAUAUUUAACUCUAGUCCUAAAUAAACUGUUUAGAUAUCACAGGAAACCUUAGUAGGAGCAGAGAAAGUAAACAAUGAAACCUGCAUGAACCAUCACUUUACUUUGGGUUUGCUAAUUACCAGCAAACCCAAACUGAAAAGUAUUCCUUAACAGUGGGUGGCUACAAAUCAAAGAAAGCACUGCUGCUGGAGCCAUAAAAACAGGUAAUGGCAUUUCUCAAUGGACCACGUGUUGAAUACAUGGUACCAACUGGGCUAAGUCCAAUUUUAAGGUUUUUCUUUAAGGCGGGGGUCUACCUGAAAUUGACGCAAAAAAGUGUUUUUUGGUUUCAUUCAGAAAUGACAAGUUGAACUAUUUGACUUUUCAUUGGCAAUUGCUUUUUUUCUAUUUUCUUACUAUUUCGAUAGGAAAUAGUCGUUUAUAAAAAAGGGGUAUCUCGUUGCCAUGGCAACGGUAGGUCGCAUUUUUUGUUUUCCUCUUGUUUACUACCUUGAAACCCCCCCAAAUAUCGCUAAAACGGCCAGAAACGUUGCCCGGGUAAGUUUGGUGACCCUUACAUGAUGUAGCAGAUGCACUAUGGCCUUAUGGGACAGUAUACAGUGUAUGCAAGGCAAGGAUUUCAGCGAACUUUUCAUACAGCGAAAAUUGUUAUGAGAAAUGUCUGGAAAAAAGAAACGAAGCCGUUACAGGAAAACGAGGAAAAGAAAAGCAUUUAGUGGAGUGCACGUUAGUUUGAUAUCUGGAAAAGAAACUGUUUCGGAAGACAGUGAAAUCGGUAAAAUGGCUCCUUCGAAACCACGCACUUCUAAAGAGGAAUUGUCUGAUCAAGAGUCAUCUUCUGCUGAGGAGAAUGAUCAACCAGUAAGCGCAUCAAGAAAGAAAAUGAAACUUCAGCUAGAUGAGUCUUCUGAUAGUUCCGAGGAGGAAAUCGAAACAGAAUGUAACGGUGAAGGAUACAGGCUUGUGGAUAUGGAGGCUCUUUCCUCUUCACUGUCAUGUGUACACAAAUGUGAAGGAGCACAUCUUACACUUGAGGAGAAUGCUUCUAGGCGCGCUGGACUGAUGUCAAGCCUUUCCUUUAACUGCAGUGAUUGCAGUGAAAGCACUCCCUUGGAGACAUCUGCCAAGAUAACCAAUAGGGGAAAAUCAUUUGAUGUUAACCGAAGAGCAGUUUAUCAUUCCAUGGAAACAGGAAGUGGUUAUGAAGGCCUCUCCUCUUUCUGUGGAAUUAUGAACAUGCCCUGUAUGGCCAAGGCUGCAUAUUACAAGCAAGUGGAGAAAAUUCUUGAAGCACAAGAAGAUGAGGCACAACAAGAACUUAGAAAUGCAGGCCAAAGGCUUCGAAAACUAAUCUUAGAGGAAAACAAUGAAUCAGAUAGCACUGCUAUUCUUGAUGCCGCUGUUAGUUUCGAUGGCACAUGGGCAAAACGGGGAUUUACAUCCAUGACAGGGGUUGUCUUUGCCAUUUCAGUAGACACAGGGGAAGUCCUAGACUACCAUGUGUUAUCCAAAGCUUGUCAAACCUGUGCUAAAAAGGAAACACAAUGCAAUGGAAAUGAGGAAAUGUUUGAAGAGUGGCGAAGAGAGCAUGUGGCAGCUGGUGAAUGUGACAUAAACUUCACUGGUAGUUCGCCAGCAAUGGAAUCCGAAGGUGCUGCAGUUAUUUGGAAGAGGUCAAUUCAACUUCACAAUCUGCGGUACAAAUGGAUGGUUUCAGACGGAGAUAGUAAAGCUUUCAACACCGUGGAAAAUGUGUAUGGAGAGCCGAAAGUUGUAAAACUGGACUGUGUAGGCCACGUUCAGAAAAGAAUGGGAAAGCAUCUCUUGAAUGUUAAAUCUCGGACAAAAGGGAAACUGGCUGAUGGUAAACCAGUAGGUGGACGUGGGAGGCUCACUGAGGGCAAAAUCAAACAGCUACAAAAAUAUUAUGGUCUGGCAAUCCGCCAAAACACGUUGAAACAAGCAAAUCCCUCAGACCGAGAGGUCGAUGUUGCUGUAUAUACAAUGAAGAAGAACAUUGUUGCAAUUCUUCACCACAGUGUUGAAUUAAACAAUCCUACCAAACAACACCGCUUCUGUCCUGCUGGGGAGACUUCCUGGUGUAAGUGGCAGCAGGAUGUAGCUACAGGCACUGCAACUUACAAGGGAGAUGAUUGUUUACCGGAGGUGUUUUUGGAGCUCUUACGUGCAACAUUUAUGACCCUAAGUGACUCAAAGCUCCUCGAAAGAUGUGUACGGGGAGCAACCCAGAACCCAAAUGAGGCUAUAAACUCUUUGGUCUGGGUGCGCUCUCCCAAGCAUAAGCAUCAUGGAGUCAAAAUAAUUCGUUUUGCCGCCGCAUCUGCAGUAUGCCACUUUCAUGGAGGGGCUCUGAGCAGGAAUAGAGUCAUGGAGAGACUUGCCAUUCCUGGUGGCACACAUACCAAACACUCCUUUAGCUUAAAAGACAGGAAACGACUGCAGAAAGCAGAUAGGCAAGCAACAGCCAAAGAGAAGAAGCGACGCCAAGGGCAACAGCUAGUGCGAGUUCGUCGAGAGGAGGCCUUGCGGGAGAUGGAAGGAGUCACAUAUGAAGCUGGAGGCUUUUGAUGAUACUUUCCUUUGCUUCAAAUAGCAAAAUUGUGGCUUUAUGACUCUUAUUGACCUUACAAUUGUACUAUAGUUGCUUAUUAUUGAGUUUCCUAAGUUUAAUGUUCUGUUUCUCAAAACGGGCUUUUUUACCCUUUGAGAAAAGAUAUCUCGAGAAGGGUUAAAGCUAUUGACCUGAAAUUUUCAGGGCUUGAAGUUCUUUAAGAGUGGCUUGGGAUGAGCUAAGGAAUUGUCCAUAGGGUUAUUUCUAAAGAAAUUGUUAACAGUACAAGUUGACAAUUUUCAGCAAGAAACUUGAGUGACGUGCUGUGGCAUGUCAAUUUAAAAUAUUUACAAAUCCUUAGCUCAUCCCAAUAAGCAAUCUAUAUACUGUAUGUUAUGCCAAGAAAAACUUCAUAGCCUAAAUUAAACAGCAGAAAUGUUUUCUCAAGAGUGCAGUGGUCAUUGACCGUAUAUGUCAUGUUUGGACAGGGGCUGCGCUGUCAGUUUUGACCACCCUGUAUUAUAAUCUCAAUUUUUGACAUCUUUGACUCAUAAGCUUUCCAACGAUAUAUAGUUUGCCAUACUUUCAAGUCAU